GCUGCAGUGGUCAAGUGAUGCGGGGUGAUACCAAAGAUGUGGUCGAAGGAGAAACCUUAAGGUUACCGUGCCGAUUCCAGUCGCCUCUCGUGACGAGUACAACCCAAUAUUUCUGGAGCCGGGACAACAAGAACGGCAAAGAUAACGCGGCCAUCAAUGCCGCUGCCCUUGAUCCUCACUAUAGCAUUGACUUCAGUCCUCAGGAAGGGAAGUACGAUCUGCUGAUUUCCGAGGCCAACUAUGACAAAGACAAUGGAAAAUUUGAAUGUUGGUUGAAGGAAGGAGGCAGCGGAUUCGACAUUUUCAGCCAGUCCUAUGUUGUUACGGUUCUCAUUAAACCUGGGGAACCACGGAUUACGCCACCUAAACCUAUUGCCAGAGAAAGAGAGACCAUCUCUUUGACGUGCUCCAGUGAAGGAGGUAGCCCGGACCCUACCAUUCGGUGGUACCGAGAUGGUGUUCUGCUGCAAGGAAAGGUGCAGAAAGGAGGAUCCAGGGAGAGACCUACAUCCAGUGUUCUAGAUGUGACUCCGCGAAUAGAUGAUGACGAUUCUGUCUACCGAUGUGUAGUCUGGAACCGAGCUCUCGCGGAAAAUUUGAAGCUAGACACCAGCGUCAGCCUCAGGGUCCAUUAUUCCCCUCGAAUCACGGUGGGGCCUUCUAACCCGCUGAAUGUUCUGGAGAAUACCGAUGCUCACUUGAUCUGCAAUGUAAUCGCUUCUCCACCUGUUCGUUCCGUUCGUUGGGUAAAAAAUGGCAAUCUCUUGUCCAACACCUUUAACCACACAAUUAGAUCUGUCACGGCAGAUGACAGUGGCAUUUAUAGCUGCAUUGCUGAUAAUGGUAUUGGAGAUCCUACACAAGCCAACCUGGAAUUAUCUGUACUUUACGGUCCUCAUGUUAAAGUAAUUUCUUACCAAGAAGUGGCAGCUGGAGAUACUCUUGUUGUGAAAUGUGAUGUCUCUUCUAAACCUCCUCCGCACAUGAUCCAAUGGCUGAAAGAAGGCGACCCUUACUUCCGACAGACAGGGGACACUCUGCAAAUCGAGAAAGUCUCCGUCGAUGAUGGUGGGAGGUACAUUUGUGAAGCGGCCGCCUCAUUCCGGCCCUCAGGAUCCAACGUCCAAAGCGAAGCCACCGGAAAUGGCACUGUCACUGUUCGUAUCAAGCACAAGCCUGGCCUAGCUGAAAUCCUUCCUGUCCAGCCGGUGGCGAUUGCUGGGCGGCCGUUCACCUUGUCUUGCACUGCCCAUCCUUUAGGUUGGCCAUUACCUGAAUACCGUUGGUGGAAGGAAGGACAGCAGAGUCAAGAACUAACACCAAAAUCCAAUUACACUUUAAUCUCUGCCCACAUGAGCCAUGAAGGAAGAUAUUUCUGCCAGCCCUCCAAUGCUUUAGGCAGAGGAGGAUCAGCUUCUGUGUAUUUAACUGUGCAUGAGCCAGCAUCCAUCGUCCAUCCGUUGAGGCCUCAAACUGUCAUGAAAGACAAAGAAAAGAAUUACAGCAUCACCUGUCGAGCUCGAGGAAAACCCAAGCCCAAAGUACGAUGGUUGCAAAAUGGUCAAGAAAUAUCCGAAGAUAGUGGCCUUUUCCACAUUACCACGACUGACACAGUUGAAGAUAGCAAUGCUUUUACAGUUCAAAGUACCCUUGCUUUUGCAGGACCUAGUCGGCGAGAAAAUGGUCUUACCCCUGGUGAUAGAGGACGCUACACUUGCGAAUUUGACAAUGGAUUUGGGGAGACUGCUAGAUCAGAGAUGAUGCUGAGGAUAGAACAUUCUCCAGUGGUAAGGCACACUUAUAACAGGGUAGCAUUUGAUGUUGGGGAAACUGCUGUACUACAGUGCAAGAUGCAGGCAUAUCCCAAUCCUCAGUUCGAGUGGUUCUCUCGAGGACGAGUGCUUGAUGAAUAUGGAAAUUAUGGAACUAAUAUUACUGAUCUGGGAGAAGACAUCUAUGCUGGUGUCCUCUCCAUCAGGGACAUGAAAGAAGAAGACUAUGGUGAAUAUACCUGCAGAGCCUCAAACCAAGUUGGUGAUGACAAGAAGACGAUCAUAAGGCUUGUGAGAAAAGGUCCACCUGAAAGACCUACACAUUUAGAACUGAUUGAAGUGAGCUCAGAUAAAGUUACUCUGAGAUGGCAAGAAGGAUUCAAUGGUGGUUUCUCAAACACAGAGUUCUUAGUCACCUACCUGAACACUGAAACUGGUCGUCAGUUCAAUGAAUCGUGCCGUUCACAAAACCUCUGUCAAAUUACAGGACUUUCUGCAAACACUGAAUAUCAUUUCAAAGUUUUAGCUGUCAAUCCUCGUGGUUACAGUCCUUAUUCAGAAGAAAUGCCUGUUACAACAAAAGUGAAUUUGAAAGAUAUGCCAAGACCUUCUGAAGCUCAAUACGACAAAGACACAGGCUACCUGACUUUUCAUGUGGAAUUAACUUCCUUGAAACUCUUAGCAAAGAUUGAAGCUAGGCCAAUUGGUAGUGAAAUGUGGAUCCCUCAAACAGUUAUUAAAGUAAUACGGCCAAUUGAAAAAGUUCAACUGAGUCCACCAGAUGAAGGCUUCUCAGAUGUAAGGGUAAAAUUAUGCUUGGAAAGUAAUGAUUCAUGGUGCGGUGAUGCAAAACUUGCAAAUCCUCUAGAAGAGGAUCUACCCAAUCCUAAAGAUUCUAAAGCUGGACUAUCAACAGAAUUUGUUAUGAUUAUACUUUCAGUUGGUGGAAUUUUCUUUUUGUUACUUGUUAUUACAGUGAUUUGUUGUUGCUUGAAGAAAAGAAAUAUCCAUAAAGAAAAGAAAGAUUUUGAAAUGGAAACCACAAACCCUCGACCAAAGGCAGUUACACCUCCCUACUUCCCCGAUGGAGUUGUGAACAAGGGCUUGGAGAGCGUAACAGAUGACAUCACUAAAGCAGGUAUCUACACUACCAAUACAUCGGGCAUCAAUGGAGGGAUGAAUGGCCAUAUCCCUUCGAGCAGCCACCCACAUGCUGGCAUGAUGUACCACCAUCCUGAUCAAGAUACCAGUCCGUGCAGUGCUCUCGAUCAUUCGGAGCCAUGGCUGAAACCUGGAGAUGACAUGGGAACAGAAGGUUCAUAUCAGCCUUAUGAUUCUCGUCUCCCUAAUGGCUAUUUCUAUCCAGAAGACUAUCAGCCACUGACAGAGGAGAUAAUGAACAUGAAAAACCGAGAACACUUGCAUUCUCCUUACUAUGAUGUAAGUGGCUUACCAGAUCCUUAUGCCAUGAGUGAAGAAGACAAGACUCAACAUAUAUCUCUGUCAUUCGAUGAAAGCCACGAGAGUGGGUACUCAACACCCAACUCCAGAUCUCGCAGGGUAAUUCGAGAAAUCAUCGUCUGAUGGACAUUUGGAUGGUCUAUGUUUGGAGACCAGUUAAGUUAAAAAAAUAAAAGAAGAACUGUGAUAAAUGACAGAAGAAUUUUGUCAUCCGAUGGUGCCGACUGCAAGCAGUCAGUUCUUUUGCCAUUCCACACAACUACUUGUUGUGGAACAGCCUUUAAAGAGACUCUUGAAGCAUUUGCAUACUGUGAACAGGAAUUGUUGAAUCUAAUCUGAAUGUGUGUCUGGAAAAUGAUGAGAACAAAUGCUUUUAAUGUGGCAACUUGUAGGAUUAUUAUUAGGAAAAAAAAAUUUGAAAUAGCAGUUAGAAUGGGACAUUGUUUUGAAUCGGGUAAUGUUUAAAAUAGACCAAUCCAGCAGAUGCUGGACCAAAACAAAUACUUUGACUGAACCCAUCAACAAAAAGAUGAGAAUCAUGCAGGAUGGGCCACAAACUGAUGAGGAUUUUACUGUGUCUUGGCUCCAGUUUACCUGAUGAAAAAUUGUAAAUACUUCAUAAGCAAUGUACAUAGAAAAGACUGUGAAAUUCAUAUUUCCCUUCACUAUGAAAUGCUAAUCCUUUGCCUUAAGAGAGAGACAGAUAGAACUGUCACAGUUGUACUGCCAAAGUACAGUAAAAUGAGUACUAUGAGAAUUUGGCAUUUAUCAGGCGUUAUAAAGGCAGAAACAGUAAUUUACAUUUAAAAGCUGUUAUUGUUUGUAUUUCUUUGUUACCCAAAAUAUAUCAAUAUUCAUCAAUGCAAUAAUGAGGUACUUUAAGGGUAUUUACACAUAUUGACUUUAUGCAUUGUUAAGUAGAUCAGUUUUCGAAAUAUCCUUGUUGUUGAGGGAGGGGAACAAAUUUUUAACUGGCCAUACAAAAUAUAACUUCAGUGCAUAGUCUGUGAUAAAGUCACAAUGACUGUAUUCAUUUCUAAAUAAAGAAAUGUUUUAUUUGCGCCAGGGAAAAAAAAAAAAAAAAAAAAAUGGUUGUUAAUAGAUUGAAGAAACUAUACAAGGCAAAUUAAUCCUACUAUUUAUUGAUAUUUCACCAUUGGGACAUUUUCAUGGUUUAAAGCUUAAAAAUAUGUUAAAAAAAUGAAGCAUAAGUUUGCUUGCUUUAAAAAAUCCCAAACAGUAAUUUAGAACAAAAUAUCCAUGUGUAAGAAAUUUAAUGCCUCUUAAGAAAAAAAGAUAUAGGUGAGAAAAAAGUGUUAAGAAGUCCUUUAUAUUAUCAUGUCAUGUAAAUAUAUUCAUAUUUUGCAUUUUAAUCGGGAAAAAUGCUUUACUUAUAACACUUUUGACUAAACAGGUAUAGUAAAGAUUUACAGUAAAAUGAGAGAAAAUUAUUUAAGUAGAAGAUAUUUUUGAAAAAUUAAUCAUGAAUUAUAUAUGUGACAAACUAAUAAUAAUUAAAGAGUAUUGUUAUUAGCUUAAUACAUAGGCUGUUUUAAAUCAAACAACAGAGAACAUUCCCUUAUUAAAUUAUAUUUGAAUUAAUAAUUUCAUGGCAGACUUAAGUGUCCCUAACAAUUUUAGAAAACUAGCCUUAACAUAAAAAGACGAUACUUGUGUGUUAGCUGGUAUUCGCAGAUGCUCGGGCAACAAUCAGAGCCAUUUGUUGACGAAUUUUCGAUAUCGGCAGAUCAAUGGAAACACCUUUUAAAAAAAUUUUUUACAGUGGGUAUUACUUAUUUGUGGGUCGUAUUCAAAAUCAUUUCUGAUUAUUACUCUCCACAUGUUGUGUCUGCUUCCAUAUGAAUUCAGCUAAAACAAAAGACAAAUGACCUUCUCUCAGACCAGUUCUCAGUUCUUAUAAUCUAUCAACUGUUGUUGACAUUAAAUUUUCAUCUUAAAUAUUCUGUCAUGUACAAUUUCAUUUCAUGAGCAUUGGAACACUCAUGAUAUUUUGGGAAAAUAUCAUAAGCCUGGAAAUAGUGGCUAAACAUGUGAUGCAAAAUUCAUAAAAAUUGGCACGAAAUGAACAAAUGUGCUACAGGGUCCUUUCCAUGUGAAAAGGAUUACCAAAACUAAUGACACAAUGCAGAUUGCACCCACUGUGCUUAGCCUGAAGUUAGCUCUAAAUUAAAAGAAAGCAUUUUCACUCGCCCCUUCCCAAGCAGGUAUUAAUAAUGAAAGAAAAUCUUUUCUUUUUAUGUGAAUCUGAAAAAGCUUGUAUGAUUGUCAAAUAUUCACAGGAAUCAUGGAUAGGUACUUUUGGCACUAUAUCUGCAUGUACCUGAUAAUACACAAGUACCGAAUGAUUCAAGAGAGGCAUGCAAUAAUGGUAUAGCUAUAAAAGUUUUUAAAAUUUGAGUGCUACUGUAUCGAAAUGCACUCUGCAAUGCUUAGCGAGAGAAGAGCAGGCAGCUUUUAUUUGUGGUUUCAUUUAGUUCCUAUGCCAAUAAAGGAUGACCAAGUGUGCAAUACAUAAAAAUAUCAAAGAAGAGAAUUAUUACUAAAGCUCAUCGUUGCAAGUCACAACCGUCCAUAAAGAAGUGAUUCUAUUUUGAGUAGCUGUCAGUAUGAUUGGUCUGAAAAUUUGUAGAUUGUGUUGGCAUGCCGAUUCAUUUACACAUUUUACAACAGGUGCUGAUGGGAACACAAUUAUGAAAUGGAAAAGCAUUCAAAAUGUUAUUAUUUCAAAUAUGUAGUUCAUGUUCACAUAAAACAGCAAUAUGUUGUAUUCUUUUCACUUAAUUACGCAAGGCUGAUAAAGAAACCGUCCCAAAAUAUCAGUAUUUUGUACAAAAUCCUAUCUUGCCGUUGUUAUAUAAAAUGUCUGUCCACAUAUCCUCCUGAUUUCAAACUUGCUGAUGUUUUUGUUGUUAUCUGCCUCAAAAUUGUGCUUAUCCAAGAAUGUCAAUAGCUUUCCAUCCCCUCAUUAUUACAAGAACUCCACUGUCAUAGCGUUGCUCAACUUUUUUAUAUGUAAUUGAGGCAAGUUCACUCUUUGUUGCAUAUCAGUUUUUGAGUGAUUUGUGGAUAAUUUAAUAUUGCUUAUUGUACUUCAUGUCUUUACGUCAUUUGAUUUCUCCAUGUUUUUAUUUUAUCUGUUCAAAUUGCAAGAUAUGCAAAAAAAUUAAAAAUAAAUGUACAUACAUACAUACAUAUUAUAUUCCUUGUGUUUACUGUUUGUACAGUCAGAUUUCCUCGCCUUGUGUUUUUUAAAUAAAAAUAACUUUCUUUGUAA